AUGACGAGGAACUCUGGCUUUGCCUCGGGUUGUGGAAGUCCAAUAUUGGCAGGGUUUAAAGGAAACAAAUCUGAGUUUCAAAGCAUAGAAGUGCAGAGACCUGUGAAGUCGAUCACGGGAUUUUGGUCAAUCCUCGAUAUAUUCGGGCAGAAUAGUGCAGUCUAG